AUGNCCUGGUCCUGCAGACUCAGACCUGGUCCUGCAGACUCAGACCUGGUCCUGCAGACUCAGACCUGGUCCUGCAGACUCAGACCUGUAGUCCUGGUCUUCAGACUCGUGAGAACAAACGGAGGAGAAGAAGAACCGUUGAGAGCUGAGGAGCUGAGUGAGGGUCUGCAGGAGCAGCCCCCCCCCCCCCCCCAGCAGCUGAAGGACGCAGCGGAGCUGCAGGAGGAGCGGUGGAUGGAGAUGAUUUCCGCUGUCAGCAGGGAUGCAGACGGAACCAGCACCGAGCUGAGUCCAGCCUCUCCUCCCGCUCCGACCUGCUCCUCCAGAGGGAGGGAGGACCGGAGGGGGAAGAGCCUGAUCCGGGGCUGGAAGAGGGACAGGGACGGUCCUCCUGCCCGGAGCAGGAAGGAAAAACCCGAAGAGGAUCAUCAUGGACCCGUCUUCCUGCCUGAGCAUCAUCCCGGACACGGACCCCCCUGCUCCGGGCUGGACCCCCGGAUCCCAGGAGGCGACAACAACGUAAACAACGUAAACAACGUAAACAACAACAACAACAGCAGCAGCAGUGGAGCAGCUUUUGUCGUCAGGCCGCAGCUCGACGAGCCGCCGGCCUCCAGGAAACACCGAGGAUCUGAGAAGGUGGACCCCAUGUUCACGGUCCCAGCGCCCCCUGCUCCCGGACACCCCGGGGCCCCUGGACCCUCCCUGCCCCCAGCCCCCUCCUUCUCUGCCUCAGCCCUGCCCACUUCCAGUCCCAAACAGCUGGCGGUCCGGACCCGCUCUGUCGGCACCAACACGCAGGACGGGGCCGUCUCAGGGGCCCCGACCUUUGAACCAGCCCGCUUGGGCCCCUGCCAGCCUGGAACCAGUGUCAACCUGGAGGGAAUCGUCUGGCACGAGACGGAGGAAGGGGUUCUGGUGGUGAACGUGACCUGGAGGAAACGGACCUACGUAGGAACUCUGCUGGACUGCACCAAACACGACUGGGCUCCUCCCAGGUUCUGUGAGUCUCCCUGCAGCGAUCCGGACUUACCUGGCAGCCGUGGGCGGGGCAAACGGAUGCGCCUGGCCCUGGCCGAGCGGGCCUGCAUGGAUCCGACCUCAGCUGCUAAACUCAGAGGUCUCUCGCACCACCGCAGUCGUGGCGGUGGCGUGGCGGGAACCGCCGCCUCCAUCCACAGCAAGGGUCGGCGAGGCAGCCUGAACCUGAUCAGCAGCAGCUAUAGAGCCCCGCCCUCUUUCUUCACUGUGGACGAGGUGAAGGCUGCAGGCUCCGCCCUCUCCUCCGGGAAGAGGAAGAACAAACCGCCGGUGGAUCUGGACCUCAGUCUCGUCUCUUCUGAAGACGUGAAAAAUGGGAAUGGGAAAAGGAUCCGGGCGAAGUCCCGCAGCGCCCCGUCCACUCCCCUGGGCAAGUCGGACCCCUCGUUCAUGGACCCUGGAGGAGGGUGUGCUUCUUCACCUCCUCCACCCAUCCUCAUCGACUGCCCACACCCAAACUGCACCAAACGCUACAAGCACAUCAAUGGCCUGCGCUACCACCAGACCCAUGCCCACCUGGACGCCGAGGAGCAGAGGAAACCUGAGCUGGGACCCGGGAAGGACGGAGACAGUGAAGACCGACUGUCAGACUGUGAGGACACCAACAAUGGGACCUUUGAGCUCCCAGAGAACAGCACAAACUGCUGCAAGAAAGCUGCUCCCCUCUACAAGGUGACCACCGUGGGCUCUCCUAAGAACCGGCGGUUGCUCCUCAGUACGAACCACAGCCCCACAGCCAGCUCCAAAACUAGGAGAACCUCCCUCCUGAAGGACGGUCUCCUCGAUGACCUCAGCAACCUGCCCAUCAUUUCCAACAUGACCGUGGUCUUAGAGAACUGCAUGGUCCCAGACCGGAGCUCCUCGGUAGAGAUGCCCAAACUGGAAGCAGAAGGACUGAUCGACAAGAAGGGGGGGCCGUGUGACAAGAGCAAGAAGACUAACGGGAAAGUGGACAAGCUGUCCAAGUCCAGGACCAACCGGCCAAUCGCUCCAGCUCCCGCUCCGCCAAAACUCAUCGCCAUCCCCAACCCGACGCAGCCCAGCAGCCUGGCCGAGGCUGUCGGCCCUCCUCAGCCCUCUCCUCUGGCAGCUGUGGGCCUCAGCAGCAAAACCCUGCCCCUGAAACCCAUCAAACCAAAGCUCAGCGUCGUUGUAGAGCCCAGCCUCGUCAAAGCCACCAUGGUCACCUGCAAGGAGACCCGGAGAAAAGAAAAACGGAAGCUGAAGGACAAACACAACAAAGACGCGCCAAACAGGACGCCUAACGCAGACGGUGGAGGGACGAAGACGGAGGACGGAGCUAAGAUGUGUGUGAAGGACGUCUCCGGGAGUCUCCUGAAGGAGCACCUCAGUAAGCAGGACGUCUCCAACGGCUUCACCGAGAGCCAGGAGAGCAGGAUGGCCAGUAUCCGAGCAGAGGCCGACAAGGUCUACACUUUUACCGACAACGCCCCCAGUCCCUCUAUUGGCAGCUCGGCGCGACUCGACUCUGCCGGCGGUUGUUUAGCAACAGGAGACAGCAGCAAAAACAAUAGCCCCGCCUACUCCGAUAUCUCUGAUGCCGGGGAAGAUGGCGGAUCUUCCGAAUGUCGGUCGGACGGGCUCAGAUCUAAGUCGGGCUCCUCCUCUUCCUCUGAGGUGAGUUCCAGCAGUAACCAUGGUAACCCUGGUAAAACUCCUCCCACAGCUUCCACCCAGGCGUCGAAGGAGGCCCCGCCCCCGUACUACCACGGCUACGAGCCCUACUUCCUGCAGGGGUACAUGCAGUCGGACCGGCAGAACAACGGCAGCGUGUCCUUCCACAAACACUCCGCUCUGGACUGCAAGGGAAAGGACAGGAAGGAAGACGUGAAAGAGGACGACAAGACCUCGUCCCACGAGUUCUCAGACCCUAAGAAGGGAGACGGUCCACCUCAGUCCCAGCUCCAGCUGGCCAUGACUCAGACCCAGACCGCUCUGGCUCAGUCCCUAUACUAUGGACAGUACUCCAGAGGACUGUAUAUGGACCAGAAACUCCUGCUGGCCUCCAAAUGCUGUGAGCAGACCCCCACCAAGCAGAGAGGGGCGGGGCUGAGAGAUGGAGAGGCAGGGCUUUUACCCAGCACACCCCUGCUAGGUAAAGGUCCAGACUGUCCCAAACCGGUCCUUUCCUACGUGGAGAUGAGUGACAGGGGAGAAAGGGGACAGAGUCUGAAGAUGGUGCACAGGGACAUGGUGGACCAGCACCAGGUCUCACUGAAGGACUGUGAGGACAUCAAGUCCUCCUCCUCCUCCUCUUCAUCCCUCCACAACCCAAACAGUCAGACAGAUCUGGACUCAAAUGUUUCCUUUUCCAGUCCCUCAGACGGCCCGGGCUGGGCUCACCGCCUCGCUCACAGCAAACACGAGGACAGCGUCCAGGAGGGCGAAGCUGACAGUGGGAAGGAGUGGGCAGCCUCCGUGGAGCCUGCAGGAGCCAGGAUCACCUCAGGAGGAGCGGCAGUCGACACUAAAAAAGCCAGAGUUUAUGGAAUUCAUGACCUCCCGCCCACCGUCAACAUGGAGGAUUCAGACCAGCUGGAGGACCCGGGUCCGGAACCCAUGGACGGGUUGUCUGAGGGGUCCCAGAGUGGUCGGGCAGUGGUGUCUCCUCCACUCAGCCCCCAGCAGUCCUACAUCCAGUACCAGCACUCCUAUUCCUCCUACCUGACCAUGUGUGAGGGCAGCGGGGGCUCCUACAGAGGACCGUCCCCAACCCUGGUCCACAACUACCCAGGUUUCCACUAUCCUCUGUACGGAAAGACAGCUGGCAGGGAGGAGUCAGAGGUGAGUCCAGCCAGCAGAGUAGAGGUAGUCAGCAGCAAACUGAUCAGCGAAUCAUCGUCCUCAUCCUCCGGCAUACAGCUGCUGCAGCAUCCGAGCCAUCAGUACCGUGGAAAAUCUCCUGUUCCUGGUGAGAAGGGCUCCCCUGAGGGAGGAAGAGAGAUGGAACGAGAGAGGAACCACGUGUCGUUUGCUCGACACCUCCACACACACCAUCACACACACCUGGGCAUGAGCUACAGCCUGAUGUCUGGACAGUAUGACAUCUACCAAGACAGUGAAGAGAAGAAAUAGGACCUGUGAGCCUCACAUCUGUCAGACGGAUUGGCCUCGCUCGGAGGCAGACACACUUUUAUAUGGCGCCCCAGAGGAGUGGGACAGAAACCAGGACCAGGACCAGGAGGAACCAUCUGUGGUGCUGAACUUGAAAAAACGCACAUUUCUUUAGUGUAAUAAGAAAAGAAGACUGAAUGUAUGGAGAAGAACUGAUCGUUUUCUAACCUCCUGUUGGGACAGGAACAGCAUCAGGAAGCUAAAAGUCCAUAAUUCUCCUUAUUGUUCUCCAUGAUUAUUGAAGCGCUCCUCCUUCCUUCAUAGUGCUGACGCCACAUGUGUAUUACUAAGCUGUACUUGAGUGUAACCAUGUUGAUUGUAUUGUCUUUAUGUGAGAGUAAACCUUCACAUCCUCCUCCCCA